AUGGACGCGAUUCCAUCGACCACACCCGACGAGGCGGUGCGCCUGUCCGCGAAGCGAACUGCAGAUCUUUUCGGUACCGACUACCUCAUGGUCACCCCCUCGACAGGCGACGGUUCCAUUGGUGUUUCAUAUCGGAGAAAGGCUGAAUACCAAGAUGUGAAGGAGCUUCCUCCCGCGCUCGCAGAGAAACAAGCCAAGGCAGCCGCCGGUCGUACGAAGCGCCCGAAGAUCCAGGCACAAGGGCAGGGACCAGCGGACAAGAGUGGCGCUUCGAUGUCCCUCGUCAAGAGGGGCCCCGGUCCCAGUGCUGGCGGUGUGGGCGGAGAGAACGAACCCAAGAGCCUGAUCCAGCGACCCUCCGCCACACGGCAACAGAAGCCCGACUGGCAUGCGCCCUGGAAGUUGAUGCGAGUGAUCUCUGGACAUCUGGGAUGGGUGCGGAGUCUGGCGGUCGAACCGAACAACAAGUGGUUUGCCAGUGGUGCAGGUGACCGGACAAUCAAGAUCUGGGACCUUGCGACCGGCUCCCUCCGUCUCACGCUGACGGGUCAUAUCUCUACUGUCCGCGGGUUGGCCGUGUCGCCUCGGCACCCGUACCUCUUCUCGUGCGGAGAGGACAAGAUGGUGAAGUGUUGGGAUCUGGAAACGAACAAGGUCAUUCGCCACUAUCACGGCCAUCUCAGCGGAGUGUACACCCUCGCGCUGCACCCGCGUCUCGAUUUGUUGGUCACAGGUGGUCGGGAUGGUGUCUGUCGAGUCUGGGAUAUGCGCACACGAAGCAACGUUCACGUUCUGAGCGGCCACAAAGGCACUGUCGCCGAUGUCAAGUGUCAGGAGGCCGAUCCUCAGAUCAUCAGUGGUUCUCUAGACGCCACCGUUCGUCUGUGGGAUCUCGCAGCCGGAAAGUCCAUGGGCGUCUUGACUCACCACAAGAAGGGUGUACGGAACAUCGUCACUCACCCGCGGGAAUUUACCUUCGCCAGCGCUAGUACUGGUAGCAUCAAGCAGUGGAAGUGUCCGGAGGGUGACUUCAUGCAGAAUUUCGAAGGACACAACGCUGUCAUCAACACUCUCGCUGUGAACGAAGACAAUGUUCUCUUCUCGGGCGGCGACAACGGCUCCAUGUGCUUCUGGGACUGGAAGACUGGCUAUCGAUUCCAAACAAUCGACACUAUGGCCCAACCCGGUUCGCUGGAGGCCGAAGCGGGCAUCAUGGCAUCCACUUUUGACCGCACCGGUCUCCGUCUGAUUACGGGUGAGGCGGACAAGACCAUCAAGGUCUGGAAGCAAGACGAGAAUGCCACGCCCGAAUCGCAUCCGGUUACGUGGGCUCCGACUCUGGGCAGACAGAGAUAUUAG